GGAAACACAAGUGUAUGUCGGUCCCAAUCCAAGUUCAAUUAUCCGAGCUGUAUUAGGGUUUGACGCUUCAACAGAACCUCAGACGACGCCGUUGGAAUCUCGGAAGCCGGUGGAAAUCCCCCCUAUUCGUCGACUUCUCCAUUAUCUUUUCGUAUGUUUAAGGUUAUGUCCUGCCUUGGAUAACAAUCCGUUAAUCCUUUUAGUUUUUAUAUUAAUCUUUGGAGGCUUAAAUUUUUAGUUUGAUUCUGCAACUACUUCAUGGAUCAGAAGUAAACUUGUUCAUGUACGUUGUUAUACGUGAUGUGCUAAUACUCUUGUUCAUGUCCGAAUUCUUAAAGUCAAUUCUGUAUCGGAUCAUGUGUAAAGUUUUAAUUGUUACGUAUUUGUGUGGAAUUUUUGUGUACUUUGGGUUAUUAUUGUUUCCUGUUUGAGUAUAAACCUGUUCAUGUACGUUGGUAUACGUGUUGUGCUAUUGAAUUUUAAUGAGUAACACGUUUGGACGUGCUUGUUGGGAACUCUUGACUCCGAAUUCUUAAAGUCAAUUCUGUAUCGACUCAUGUGUAAAGUCUUAAUUGUAGCGUAUUUGUGUGGAGUUUUUGUGUAUUUUUGGUUAUUAUUGUUUCACGUUUGAGUAUUUUCAAGCAUAAUAUAAUAGUUAUGCAGAGAAAUUUCUGGUUGUAUGAAUUACUUGGUGGUAUUAUAGAAUUUUUGUUUAUGGGAGAUGUUUGAUCGUGCAUUAUGAGGGACCUGAAAAUUAUUUCGAGUGUUUGAUGCCUGUGCAUCUUAAAUGUAUGCUGGCAUGGGUAUUUUUUCUCUUCCCAAGCUAUGUCAUCUACAAAAAUAAGAGAACAAUGUAUUUUGGGUGGGAUAUAUUCUUACUUUGCAAGUUAUGGGGAACAACGAAUGUUUGAUUGUGAGAGAAUAGGUUGUAGUGAACACGGGUCCUUGUUGGAUGCUUGGCCUCCUGCAUGAUUGAGUUUGCAGUUCAUUUUAUUUGGUGUUCUGCCUCGUGAAUUUGAUAUGAAGCGUGUUGCUUGCGCUGUUAUUGGGCAUUACUAGUUGUGUGCAGCCAAUAUCUACGUUUGUUGGUAGUUUAAUCACAUGUGGCUGCUGGGGCUCUAGACCGCAAAGUUCAUUGUCCCCUGGUGCGGCUGAGAUCACCUAGAAUAUGUUGACAGAAUACUUUAGCAAUGCACACCACUUCACUUUCAGAAUAGCCCCACUUGUUGGGUUUUGGCCAAAGAUGUUUCUGGACACUAUUAUUGUUUCAUUUGCAGUUGAUUGUGUGAAGUUGCGACAUGAGUAUCCAAUUCAUUAUAUGGGUUGCAUACAUAUUUUCCCUGUGCAUUUUUUCGAGAGUACUUUUUUUUGCUUGGCUUCUUCUUCUGGUAUAUCUACAUUACCUCUUGAUGCAUCUUAUGAGGAGGCCUUCCUGGAAUUUAAAACUGUAUCUUAUCGAUUGUUUAUGUGAUUUUUUUUUUAUUUUAUUUUUUCUAUUUGAGUAGUUUGCUUGGUACUGUUUUUGAGUAGCAUUCCUUUUGGUAGUGGAUCAGUCUAUCUUUCUAUGGUCUUUCUUGUUGCUAGCCAAUAAUAUUGCAACAUAUGAUUAAGUGUAGAAGAAAAUAGUUGAAUUGUUAUUGCAAAAUUAUCUAAUCAAUCUAUCUUGUCAUCUAGGGUUCUUUCACUUUUAGCAAUGGCGUACUUCCUCUGAGUCACGUCAAAAACUGUGUUGUUUAAAAUAGUCUUCUUCGAACUUUUGGCUUUGCAUCUUUCUGUGGGGAUUGAUCUUCUGUGUCAAAAUGGAAACAAAAUUCGCCAAGGUAUUGGGUAACAAACGCGCACCUGUUCUCAACCAGAAGAGGAAACGGAUGGUCUACUAUGAGAAUUAUCCUGGGAUGUUAUUGCCGUCACGUUAUGCUAUGGGUUCUGCCAUCCAGCAGCUUGUCAAAAGGAGGAAACUUGGUCUGUCAAGGGGCAAGAAUGAUAGUUUCUAUGGUGGAAAGCCUUCUUCAGGGUACUAUACACACUUCCUCAGAUCUGGGGUUCCACAACGUUUGAUGGUCCAUGAGGAGGGUGAAUGGGUCGACUAUCCUUCAGGCAUUCUUGCUUCACUUAAGAAAGAUCUUGAAAUGAAGAAGGCCACAAUUGAGAUUCAAGAUAAUAAAUCUCACAUUGUGUUGGACUUUUUGCACAUGUUGCAACUUGACUUGGAGACUGGUGUGCAGAAGCGUAUUGCCUGGAUUGAUGAAGCCGGGGGCUGUUUUUUUCCUGAAUCCUUUACCGAAUAUGAUCCUCGUUGUUACUUAUCGAAUAAAAACAAUGAUCAUCCAGAGACUCAACCUCCUGCUGAUAUCAAGCUGCAAGUUGAGAUUGCGAUAGAUGGGGCUGACAUUUUAAAAAUGAUGGAGUCCAGUGGAGAGUCAAAUGCUAUUGUUAAAGAAAUUCGAGUUCACCAAACUUUCAAUCAAGAAGAUUACAGGGUGGAAGGUGCGGAGGCCGACGACAGCAGCAUCAAAGAAGAUAAUGUAAACUUUGACCAAUAUUCUAGUGAGACUUGCAAGAAUGAGAAUUUAGAAUCCAAAUCUGGUACUUUACUGGAGAAUCUGGACUCUCAUGCUGUGAAAGAUAUUUUCUUUAAGGGGCUUCGUUCAUCUGAGGGCGCAGAAAUUAUUGAGAUUGCGGAGGGCUCAAGUUUAUUCAAGGAAUCUCGGUUUGAACUUUUCCAAAACCAGGUUGAAAUCACAAAAAGGUUCCGUGGGGAUGCCAAUGUUCAGUAUGCUUGGCUUCCAUCUUCGAAGGAAACCGCCUUUAGUAUUAUGAAAUAUGGGUUUGGCUUUAUGGAACAAUCAAGAGUUGUGCCAUUUUAUGGUCUUGGUGUUAAUCUUAUCCCUGCUAAUUGCACUGAUAUCAGUGCAAAAUUUAGCGAUAAUGACGAAAAUGGUGUUCGGCAUAUGUUAUUUUGCCGUGUAAUUAUGGGUAACACAGAGCCUGUUCAUCUUGGAUCGAAACAGUUUCAUCCCAGUAAUGAAGAGUUUGACAGUGGUGUCGACAAUGUUCAUAAUCCAAAGCGUUAUGUAGUUUGGAAUAUGAAUGUGAACUCUCAUAUCUUCCCGGAAUAUGUUGUUAGUUUCAAGAUCUCUUCAGAUACUGAAGGAUUUGUAGAUGAAACUGAGAAUAAGCUUCCUUUAGAAGGGUCAAGCACUUGCAAUCAAGUGCCUCAAGUCCAGGUUGGGGAUUGUCAUCUGGCAUUCGUUGGAAGCCCUAAAGAACAAGCUGUUAAUCAACGUCCAGAUUCUGUUAGGGCUCCGAAGUCUCCUUGGAUGCCUUUUUCUAUGCUGUUUGCUGCCAUUUCCAACAAAGUUCCUGAAAAAGAGAUGGACCUUGUUGAGACCAACUAUGAUUUGUUCAGGGCUAAGAAGAUAAGUCGGGAAGAUUUUGUUAAAAGAUUGAGGAUGAUAGUUGGGGAUUCUCUGUUGAAGUCUACAAUUACGGGUCUACAGCACAAGGUGUGCCUUUCAGUAUAUUCAUAACUUGUUGAUUUUGUUAGAUUUCUGAGUAAAGCUCUAUAUCUGCCGAGGGCUAGAAGUGAUCUCGACUGCCUCAUUUUCUGCUUGUUUGGUGUUUAAAUGGUGCUGCCUUUAGAGACUUUCUUCCCAGUGUACUUCCUUAUCUUCUGUUUGAGCUGAAAAUGUUAUUGUGAACUAGUUUAAGCUGCUUGGUGAAACUGAUCUUCUGUUGAAUGAUCAUACGACGAAGUCGGUAUUAUCAGGAAAAUAUUUCUUUUUUGGAUGCUGAAGUGGUCAUGUUUGUUUGCUUUUGUUGGAUUGUUGAUGCAUUGAUCUCUCUACCAUCGUUAUCUCCUUUAAAACCCCUAUAUACUAACAAAGGACUCCAUUCAGUUGAAGGAAUUAAAUCCAUCUGUGAAUCUUAUUAGCCAUGACGCUUAGAUUGCAUAUGGUUGAUAAUUGAGGUUCCACUUUUUCCUCCCUCUUUCACCUGCACUUAGACCCCUAAAUUAUAGAUGCAUUUUUUUGGACUAUAUCAGCAUCAACUUCUUAAACAUGUAGCUACUUUGAAUGUAAAAUGUUGAUCAUUUGUAAAUUUUUCUUUCUACAAUGUGGAUUUAAACCAUGUUUGGGUGGUCUGUGCUUAUAUAUAGCUGCAAUGUUGUUAAAUGUGGUUGAACUUCAUUUCUAUGGCAAAUUGGGUAGUGGCUAUUUUUAGGUUGAUUGUUGACAUUGUUUUUGUGGUUUUUUUUUAUUAUUAUUUUUUGUUUGUGGGGGUUUGUGGUAACCGACCGGGAUGGUGAUGCGAGCUAGAUGCCUUCUAGCUUCAUCUAUUUGUGAAUAUUAGGGUUUUGUAGCUGUGAAGAUGCAGAUGUGCAGCUCAACUGUGUGACAUAAAACAUGGUUUAUGUCGACCAUAUAUUGUUUCUAGUUUCUGUAUUUUCUUCUGCAUUAGAGCAGCUUGGCUAGAGUCCGACUGGUAGGUGUGAUUACUUACUGGAUUGUCCUAUGCACCAAUUUUUACUAAUCAAUUGAGUUCCGACUUCUAUUUGCAGAUUCCAUCAAAAUCUGACAUUGAAUUGGCCUCAGCAAAAGAUCCCUGAAGUUUUUAGUCAGUGUUAAAUGAGAAUGGCUUUGAAUUCCAAGGCAAUAGGUGCCAACUGGUUUGAGGGCCAUGUUUUCAGCUGUGAGUUGUGAAUAUGUUAUGCUACAAGACUGUAGACUGCAAUAGGCAAUCUCAUCUUUUAUUAGAAUUGGAAGAUUUGGAUUUGAAUUUGUUAUCGCCAUAUGAGGAUGGUGCUGCUUUCUUACUUCUGUUGGAGUUUAAGCAGGCUUUCGCUUCUAUGUUUGGUUUCUGGUAAUCUGGACAUUUGACUGAAUUUCUUCCUGUAUAGUUUUCUCUUAAGAUGGGACACUUUAUGGGUUCAAGCAUCAAAACCGUCCUUUUCCUUAAUAGGUAAAUAACACAAACCUUGGAAACAUCUCAUUAUGGGAUUUCAAGGCAUGGAUCUCGCGGACCCCCCACCCACCUGAGAACUUCUGUGUGUAUGGUUGGAUUUUUAAUAUGUUUCCUCCUAGAGUGAGUGCCUGAAGGAGAUUAUGAUCUUGCUUCUAUGGCGCAGUGGUGAACUGUUGUUGCCAUGUAACGGUCACGGGUACGAACCUCGGAAACAUUUUUGUUUGUUUCUGUAUAGGAAUAUAAUGUUAACCCUGGAAACAUCUUAAAGAAUUUUGAGGCACGGAUGCAGUGUACCAACUCUGAAAAUCUGUUAAAGCUGGAUAAUAAGUACGUGUCCUCUCUUUAGGGUAAAUGUCUGGAGUUCAGUCGCUUGGCUUUAAGCAGAGGCUACAGUUGAGACAGUUUUUUCAAUUUUCUCUUCCCUCCUUAUUCUCACCCUUAGGCAUGACCCAGCCCAAGAAAUUGAAAAUAAAGAAUUUUGGACGGAACUUGAUUGAAUAUCUGUGGCUCCGUAGGUUCAAAAGGCCAGUUGCAUUCUAGUUAAUCGCAAGGCUUGCUUCUUUCACAGGUUUCUUUAAGAGUAGUUUGAAACAUUCUCAUUUCUGAAAGGUAGAGCUUGUUUGAAAGAAUUAGAUUUAAACUUUGCAUUUCCGUUGUUCUUCAAGUGUUUUUGGUUUGAGGUCAUCAGUUGUCUCUGUUUUCCUUUUUUCCCCUUCUUUACUUGAACCAUUGAGGAAACUAUGUAUAAGUAAUUACAACUAUGAGC